AGAAUAGAGUUCCAGACAGUUGUAGAAUGUAUGCCAAGGCACAUUGUAAGAGCUAUAAAGAGAGAGGGAGUGGGAGAGAGAACAGGCAGAACCUGAUAUGUAAAUGAGCAGAGCAAAUGAAACUCACUUUUGACGACCUGAUGAUCAUUCCAGACUGUGUUUCUAUUGAGAGAUAAAAGGCUGGUUGAAUGAGUUGUCUAUGAAAGCUACUUCAUCUGUAAGAAAACAGGCGUCUGCUCCAGUGACUGGGUCAGUGCUCUAAAAUGAGUCUCUCUGGGGAGAGAGAGGGGGCCCUGCUUCUAAAAUGAGUGUCUCUGGGAACAUGACACCAAAGCUAAGAGACCAAUCAAGCAGGAGAGACCAGCCUCCCCUGUUCCCAGCUGUGUGUCCAUGAAGAGUGACCGGUCUAUGGAACCUCCUAUAGUGUUUAGAGAGGGAGACUUUUCUACUGAACAAAGAAACCAACAGAAGAGAUCAGAGUCAGAGAUUCUCAGUGGUCAGUCUUCCCAGAGUCAUCAAACAGACCUGGCCUCCAUAUUCAGUAUGCUUGAAGAGAAAAUUAUGACAUUUGUGAAGAACGAGCUGAAGAUAUUCAAGAGGAUUCUUGGUCCAGAACUCCCAGAAGGCUUUGAGAGUCAGAAGCAGGAAGUGGUGGAUCCUGAAGAUGAGAAGCAGGAGAGCAGUGCCAGAGAGGGGGCUCUGAAGAUCACACUGCACGUCCUGAGGAAAAUGAACCAGAAGGAGCUUGCUGACACACUGGAGAAAUAUGAUCUUGCUGUGAUUUGCCAACGUGAAUUCAAAUCUAAUCUAAAGAAGAAGUUUCAAUGUGUAUUUGAGGGGAUCGCUAAACAAGGAAACCCAACACUUCUCAAUAAGAUCUACACAGAGCUCUACAUCACAGAGGGUGGAACAGGAGAGGUCAAUAAUGAACAUGAGCUGAGACAGAUUGAGACAACAGCCAGGAAACAGGCAAGACCAGAGACUGCAAUCAAAUGUAAUGACAUCUUCAAACCCUUAACUGGACAAGACAAACCUAUCAGAACUGUGCUGACAAAGGGAGUCGCUGGCAUUGGAAAAACAGUCUCUGUGCAGAAGUUCAUUCUGGACUGGGCUGAAGGAAAAGCAAAUCAGGAUGUCCAAUUUGUAUUUUCAUUCCCUUUUCGGGAGCUGAAUUUGAUGAAAGGGGAAAAUACUUUCAUUGAACUUCUCAAUCACUUCUCAAUGGAAACCAAAGAAUCAAGAAUCUCCAACUACGACAAGUACAAAGUUGUGUUCAUCUUUGAUGGUCUGGAUGAGUGCCGACUGCCCCUAGACUUCCAGAAGAACAAGAUCUGUUGUGACGUCACAGAGUCAACCUUAGUGGAUGUUCUGCUGACAAAUCUCAUCAAGGGAAAUCUGCUUCCCUCUGCUCUCCUCUGGAUAACUACCCGACCUGCAGCAGCCAAUAAGAUCCCUUCAGGGUGUGUUGACCAGGUGACAGAGGUACGAGGUUUCAAUGACCCACAGAAGGGGAGUACUUCAGGAAGAGAUUCAGUGAUGAGGACCUGGCCAGCAGAAUCAUCUCACACAUAA